UUCUUCAAUCAAGAGAGACGAUGAUGCCACCAACCUUGAAUUUGUCUCUGCUGUUCCCAGGUUCCGAGGACGACCAAUAAAAGAGGCCCACAGUUGGCUACGUGGGAUAUAAUAUCCCCUUACCAUGGGGAUCUUUUUGUCAACUUCUUCGUCCAAUGCUGCGGUACCAAGAGGAUGUUCCGUCAAGGCUAACCAUGGCAUAAGAAAUAUCCAAUGCUGGAUUUUGGCUCUUUUAUGGGGUAUACCAGCGUUGGUGGUAGCUUUUGUUCCGGGUACAACCAAGAGCAUCCGAUGGCCUGCCAACCAACCCAACUUGUUCAUGUCGGUGGUCCCACAUGACAUGCCAACUGCCAAUGGCAACAGCAGCCCCAGCACAACUCCACGUGUCAGUCGUCGAGUCCGAUUCCUCAACUCCUUUGGCUUUACAUCCACUGCAUCUGCUAUAAAGAAGAAGAACGAAGAGAAGCAAGCAGCUGUAGCCAAGGUGGCCACACGAACAUCUACCGAGCCAGCUACUAGUCCUACUCAAUACAAUAUAUCGACUGUACAAGAUCUGAAUGAUUAUUUCCAAGACAAAGAACGCCGAUUUCGAGAUGACAAGGGAGACAUUGACUAUCAGCCGCUCUUGAAUUCCCUCUAUGUGCAAGGCGAUACACAACACAUUGGAUCCACGGAGGACUUGGACUAUGUGCAUCCCGUGGCACAACUCUUGCACGAACGACGACGUACCCACUCUCAGCCCAAUGCUACCACCCGACCCGACAAUUUCAAGAUUGCCUUGGCCAUUGAAGGAGGUGGCAUGCGCGGCUGUGUCAGCGCGGGAAUGGUAUCCGCCAUUCACUACUUGAAUCUGUCCGAUGCAUUUGAUGUCAUUUACGGAUCCUCGGCUGGUUCCAUUGUGGGCUCCUAUCUCAUUACGCGUCAAUUGCCCUGGUUUGGUCCCGAAGUCUACUAUGAUGCCUUGACAACGGCCGGACGACAGUUUAUCGAUACCCGACGUCUCUUGCGGUGUCUGGGACUUGGAUUGCUCGAUCCACGUCUCGUCAAAGAUGUCUUGACGCGUCCCGAAGAAGGCAAACCAGUCCUCAACCUAUCCUAUCUGCUCAAAAGGACACUUCAGGAAAACAAACCACUGGACUGGAACAAGUUUGUCGAAAUGCAAAAGGUACAACCACUCAAGGUUGUAGCGUCCGGACUCAAAUCGGAAAAGGCCAUCAUUAUGGACAUGGCCAAUGGAUCCUUUGAGACAUUGGAUGAACUGUCCUCGUGCAUGCAUGCCUCUUGUUUGUUACCAGGAUUGGCCGGACCCAUGAUGAACUUGAAUCGCACGGCCGUGGCCACCAAUCAAACGGGACAAAAGGUUAUUGUCGGCAACAAUCUCAAGGAUGACUGUAUGGAACCUUUGGCAGACUCACUCCUGUACGAACCACUCCCCUUUCGAGCGGCCAUUCGAGAAGGAGCCACGCACGUGGUGACGAUCCGGUCGCGACCGGAUGGUACGGACGUUUCCGGCAAGGGUAGCUUUUUUGAAAAACUCAUUUUCAAACGAUUCCUGUUGCGCAAGAACUGGUUGCCCAAGAUCUACAAGUACCUCAGGGCGCAAAUGCACAAAAAGGUCUACUCCGAAGAUGUCUUGUAUUUGAAUCAGCAUGCCAACAGUACACGCGAUUACAGGUCCACCGCAGAGCCGCACAUUUUGACCAUGGCAUUGCCACCGGGAUCGUCGGAAGUGACCAAGUUGGAAACGGCACGAUUAGAAAUCUUUGAAGGAUUGCGCCGAGGGUUUGCGCGGGCGUACGAUGCCUUGGUGGAAGAUCCACGGGAACGAGGACGAGGUGCCGAAGUGGCCAAGGAAGCCUUUCCCGAUGAGAUUUUGGACUACGAUCCGCUCGAGUACACCAGUGACAAGCGAGAAUCGGCCUUUUCCAUGUAUUUGCGAGAAAACGAUGUGGUCCCCAACAUUUGGGGAUCAUCAUCAUCCACGACAAUUAAACAAUAAACGAUGAGUGCUGCUGCUACAUGUACCAGAUACAGUGAAAAAUGGGAUAGUCUCGACAACAAACAAACAAGCAUGACCAUGGAAUCAAGAGAAAAGACCACAGUGUUAGCGUAGCCACCACAAUUAGAUAAAUGAAAGAAGGGAUACUCUCUGUACUAUCUGGUCUACUUCUUUCUACGACUUUUCCUGGCUCUAGCCUUUGGUUUCUUCUCAACCUCCUCA